AUGGCCACUUCUGACUGGCUCGGCCAGCUGGCAGCUCUUCAACAGCGCAUCGACAACUUUGCUUUUGGCAAGGAUGAAGAAGAUGCAGGCGCCCCAGACGACGGCGGCGCCGCAAAUUUCGUGCAGCUUCUGCGCGAGGUCUGCGCCGUAGUACGCAAGGCAGAAGCCAGCAAUGCUCUUGACAUCGAUGCCGUCGUCGAGAAAGCAUACAACAUUCUCAAUUCUGCCGUCUCCACUGCGUACGGGGAGGCUGAUUUGUUCGAUUUCUUGCCGUCAUUUGCUCACGACGACGAAGCGGCUCCGCUAGUGAAGGACACGUUCGAGAUGCCAUUUGGGCAAGGUCUGAUGGACAGUUUCAUGAGUUUCUUUGCAAAGUACAUUAAGAAAGGCGACUCCAAUCCUCGAGGGAAGCCCUCACCCUUUCCAGGUCCUGGCCGGUGGGAGAAGUCCGCGCAACCUCAUCCCAACACCACUCGUCUGUCCCGAUUCCGCACCGGCAUCACCGUCUCCGUCACGGAGGCGACGCCCCUCGCGAACCUGAUCUAUCAGGCGCGCUGCGAGGUCACGGACGACAACAUCUGCCUACCCUGCCGUAUCGCGGUAUCCCAGGGGGGAUCGUGCCUGGCGGUAGUCGCCGCGGGCGGGUGGAAGAAUCGCGACCCGGUCUUGCACUAUUACCACCUUGGAGACGACGUGGACUCCGCGCCAUCGGUGACGAUCGAGCCGGGCUUCGCGGAGACCGCGUACGCUCUGGCGAUGGAUGAAGCACGACAGCUCAUAUUCGUCGCGGACAGUGACCGGGUCAAGUCGUUCUCAUGGCAGGACAAAGGCAAGCUUGUGCACACCCUGCGGAGCGACAGUCACAGCGGUCCAAUCGCCGUCCUGCCCAACGGACGCAUCGUGCGCGCGGGCAAGGGCAGCGCGCUCGUGUGGGACAUCGACAAGCUCCAGCGCCACGCGGAUGGCAAGCGGGUUGGCAAGGGGAAGCUCAAUAUCGACGACGUCGGGCGCGACAAUGACAACGACGAGGUAGAGCGCUCUACGGGCAGCAAGCCGCACGCGAAGAUCCAGUUCGCGGAGGAGUCCUAUGUACCCUCGGUGUGGCAUCUGCAUCAGCCUACCGGGCACAUGCUGUGUGGCGAGAGUGGAAGGAAGGACGACACGUACGGCUGCGUUGCGCUCGAUCUGGAGCACGGAGGGAAGCCCGUCUCACGGUACCUCGGGCACGGUGGGGACGUCGAGGACUUCUCCACGAGCGAGGGCGAUGCAAACCUUUUCGCGACGGCGGCCGACGACGGCUAUGCACGCCUCUUCGACAUGCGCCGCCCCUUGCCAGUUCUGACCCUCGACUCUGGCAAGCAGUCGGAGUUCUGUUCCAGCGUCGCUUUCGUACACCCCGAUGGCGUUCCUACCGUCUUCACGGGCGGUGAGACGAGCCAGCAGAUCAAGAUGUGGGACGUGCGCGCCCGGGCGGUCGUCUACGAGCUUGGAACGGGGAAUAACGAAGUCAGGUCUAUGGCGUGGGACGCGGCGCACUCCACCCUCUUUGCCGCAACGGAGUGCGACUACGUCGACCGCCUAGGGUACCACCACGAGUAUCGUCGCGCGCGGAUUCCACGGUGGGCGGAGGAGCCUGCGUGGCGGGGCGAGGAAGAUGAAGAUGGUAAAGCCAAGGACGAAGAUACUGACAUGGACGAAGAUAGUGAGGACGAGGAUGAGGAGGAAGAAGACGAGGACGAGAAUGAUGACGAGGAACGCUGCUGGCCGGCCAAGGCGUUCCAUGGAGAAGAUUACUACGGAUAUGCGUUCGAUGCUGGGGAGCACAGGCUCUAUCGCUAUGCCUUCAAAACCAACGCGGAUCCAAAGCAGCUCCCCGUAUAUGGCCAGGCCACAUUGGAGGGCAUGAACUCGUACUGGUAG